GGGAGGGCACUGGAACAGCAAAGGUGUGUGAAAUACCGUUUCAAACAUGGCGGCCACGGGGCCAGGGAAUAGACUACCUCCCGAUUGGAAUUAUUCUGUGACGCGAGACGGGAGGAUAUUUUUCAUCAACGAAGUACAGCGUCAAACAACAUGGCUUCACCCGUUGACAGGUCACACUGUGCAGACUGGAUACGAGAGAGUGAAAGGUUUACCUAUGGGCUGGGAACAUGGUUAUACACCUGAUGGAGACUUAUAUUUUAUCAAUCAUAAUGAUCACAAAACAACCUUUGAACAUCCAGUGACUGGUAGUGUGUCCAAUAAAAAGCUGACCUUCAGGGAUUAUGGCUAUCCUGCACCUGAAGCAGCAGCAGAUGAUAAAUCACCAAAACCAAAUAGUAAAUCAAGGAAUAUCAAGCUACAGGUUCCAGCUGCUAAGAGAAGUCCUGAUGCUCAAGUUACUAGAAAAGGCUGGUUACAUAGAUAUGAAAGUAGUGGUAUUGGUAAGAAAACUUGGAGGAAACGCUGGUGUGUUUUAGCAGAAUAUGCUCUCUUCUUUUAUAAAGAUGAAAAAGAAAAACAUUCUUUAGGUUCUAUUUUAUUACCAAGCUACAGAAUUAAUAAUUGUGAUUCAUCAGAUGUAGUCAAUAAAGCUUUUGCUUUUAAGAUUGAACAUGAGAAUACUAAGACAUGUUAUUUAGCAGCUGAUUCUAUAGAUGAACUCAAUAUCUGGGUUAGAAGUGUUCAAGAAGCAGCCAUGUUGAAGGGCUCUCCUACAUUCCACAGAGAACCAAAUAAUAAUUUUACAAAUUUUAGCAAGCUCAAUAACAUGAAACUCAUUCCUAAAUCACCAAUAAUAGUACAACAUGAUGACUCCGAUGAUGAAGUACCUUUCUUUACAAAGCUUUCAGAAUGGGAGAAGUCGUGGAAAAGUCCAGGUUCAUAUAGAAAAGCAGAUGAGGACUUGAGUCCUCCACAACUUCGCAGGGAAAAACAACCAAAUGGAAAUCACGGACCUUAUCCUGAUGAUGGUUAUGGGGAAUAUACACAGAUUCAUCCAGAAUCUAGGGAUAAUAAUGGCAGUAAUCCUAAUUUUGACACUAGAAGUGGACCAAAUGAUCCAAAGAGUUUGCCUCGAGAUGAUCCCAGACAAAGAUUCUCUGGAAGUGAUGGCAGCUCUCCUCAAGGUGGGGGACUGCAAAGAUGGCAUAAUGAGCCGCCUCAAAAUUUGGGUAGUAAUCGUAGCAUCGAUCCUAGAUAUCAGUCUAUUGCAUCCAACAGAAGUGAUGCCAGACAGCAGAGAGCUCCAGACCAAUAUGGCCAUAAUGAAUCUCAAAAUCAUAAUAAUGGUAGAGGAAGCUCAAGAGGUGACCCUAGAAACAGUGGAUCAAUCCCACAGAAUAUACAAAUGUCACGAGAACAACAAAGAAUGUCUUAUGAUGGUGCUUAUUCUCCAAAAAGAGCAGAAAAUCAACGAGAGGCGGCAAAUAGAAAAGAUUACCCUGGACGUUUCAUUGAUACUGCUUAUCAUCCAUCCUUACAAAACAUUCCAGGUCCUACUCAAAAACCUUCUGAUGACAGAAUAUUCCCAGAGUUUAAAGACAGAACUCAGUCACAGCCAAAUCUGACACAUCCAGUUGAUGAACAUCAUCGUUUUGGUCCACCAAAUGAUUAUGCUAGGAAUCAGCAAGCUCCUAUUCCCAAGAACCGAAUUAUGUAUGAUAGUCGUGAUCCACGAGAACCAACCAGAGGACCCAUAGCUGCUCCAAGAUCCAGUAGAAAUCCAGACAUGGAUAAUCAAAGAGGCAGUAUGUCAGGUGAUCGUGAAAGAGACAUUUAUUCUGGGAAUGUUGGACCACAUCAACAAACUGGAACCCAAGAUCCAAGAAAUAGUUACUCAGGAAGUAAUCGUGGAAGCCUUGUAGGUGCUCAGCCAAAUAAAGGAGAUAUUUAUUCUGGGAAUGUUGGACCAAAUCAUCAAACCAGAAGCCAAGAUCCAAGAAAUAGUUACUCAGGAAGUAAUCGUGGAAGCCUUGCAGGUGCUCAGCCAAAUCAAAGAGACAGUUUUCCUGGCCGAGCUGGUCCACAAGGAGACCCAUCACGAGAAAGAGGAAGCCUUGCAGGCCAGAGGAACAGUUUUCAUGGAAAUGUUGGUGCUGGAGCACCAAGAGACAGUUAUUCAGGAAGCACAGGUCAAAGAAACAGCUUCCAUGGAGGUCAGCAUGGAAAUUAUCCAGGCGGCCCUGUCCAAGAAGACCACUUUCGGCCAGACAGAAACCGUGAAAGUUAUGCAAGUAACAGACAAAGAGAUAGUUAUCCUGGCAGCAGAAACAGUUUAAACUAUCCUGAACAAAAGGGGAGAACACAAGAACAAGAAAUGAGGCGACCACAAGAACAAGAAAUGAGGCGACCGCAAGAAAAAGAAAUGAGGCGACCACCAGUUGCAGCUCCAAGAAGAGCAUUAUCCCCUGAUCGAAACCCAGGUCUUACCAUUGAUAUUCCACCCAACUACAUCAAUCUACCUGCAGGAACUCAUCCUGGUAGCCAGGAACCUGGUAGUCUAGACAAUGGACCAAGUCGUCCACCUUAUCCUGCCGCUUUUAGACAGGAGAUGGUCGAGGAAUUGGCCAAAGAAAAAACUCCAAGAACAUCUCAACAAUAUUUAACAUCUGCUGAAAAUGAAAGAAAAAGAAUGCAGCAGUCACCAUAUUUCAAAUAUCCUAACAAUCAAAAUCAACCCCAACAGAAUCCAAGUUCAAGAAACAGUUUACCACGAGAUGAAACAAUAGGCAAUGACAAUCAAAAAGAUGGUAGAUGGGAAGAUAAUUCUGCACAAGAAUUACGAGCUGCUUAUGAACGUGUUCAACAGUUACAGCAUGGUCAACCACCAUCUGACCCUAACAAAGAUAUUUAUAGUACUGUUAAUAAGAAGAAGGCUCCACCCAGAAAAACCUUCCCAAUGCAUACAGUUAAAGAAGAUCCCAAUAUGUCUGAUAGAGAUAUUUUUACAACAACUGAAAUCAAGAAUUUAAACAAGAAAUAUCCAUUAAAUGGAAGUCGCAUAAGAAUGAGUAUAUCUGCCAAUGAUUUAAUAGGAAAGAAUCAUGAUGAGUUGGUGUUACUAUUAAUACAACUACGUCGUAAUCAAGCUGCUUUAAGUAAAGCUAGAGAUUACUAUAAACAACAUCUAGAAUCAAGACGACCAAAUGAAAAAGAAUAUAGAAAACAACGUCAGAAUUCUCCAGGUGCAAUGGAUCGUAUUUUAGAAGAAGAACAUAAAAAUUAUACAGAUCUUAAACAUCAGAUGGAUGAAAUAGAAAAUAAGUUAGAAGUAUAUAAACCUAUUAUAAAUCUGGUUGAUAAUAUGGUUACUAUGGGUAGUCUGUAUGGUGGUGAUAAUUUAAUGUUAGCAACACAAUAUAGAAGGCAUUUACUACAACCAGACCAAUACACUGAACCAAAAGAUAUGAUACAAUUCUCUAGACAACGACAAGAAAAUAAAAUGGUAGAAGAAAUAGAGAAUGAAAUCAAACAAUUAACUGACGAAGAAGUUGAUUUAGAGGAUAAAUUAGAGAGAUUAUAUGAAUUAGAUCGGAGAUUACAAGAACAGUCAUUCCUUGUUACUAGUUUCAGUGAAGAUAAGGAAAUGUUAGAGAAAGCACUACAGGGUAUAUUAAAACAACAAGAUCAAAAGAGAGAUGAUCCAAGAGAAAUGAGAGCACUUAUGCAUCAACAACGAACAAUAGAAAAAGAAUUAUCUCGUGUAACUCAACAAUUAGCGGAGGCUUCCAGAUUAUUAGAAGAAACUACAGCAGAAAAUAAUAAAAUAGAUCAUGAAGUAGCAUUAUUGAGAACUAAAGUUCAUGGAGAAUUACAAAGAAGUCGCAGUGCUCCAUCAUUGGUUGAUGAUAAUGAAAGAAAUAAGCGUAAAAUGGAGAAAGAGUUAGCUAAAGUACAGACUAUGAUGUCAGGUUUAUCUAAAGAAGGUGAACGAUUACAAGAAGCUAUGAGUACUAUCAGACGAUCUUCUUCUGGUGCUAAUCUAGCAGCAUUAUUAGAUAAAGAUGAAGACAAGGCUUUAAAGAAAGCCAAAACUUAUAUGCAGACAGAUAUUGAUUCCAUGGAAACCAUUGAUUUAUCAAGACAACCAAAGGGUGCAGCAUCUAUGCCAAAUAUAAACAUGAUUGAACCUGAAUCAGCCAAUCAGGCUUACUCUUCCAACUAUGCAACAAUGUCUUCACCAAUGAGAACAAGUGCUACAGAUCAGUCUGACUAUGUUGAAAUGCAUAGCAGAUCAUCUUCAUUAAUAGAAGAUACGGAUCGAGCUAGAUCCAAAUCAUUAAAUGAACUGAAUACAGAUGUCCCUCCACCUCCGCCACGAAACUUCCACAAUAAACCUCUAAUAAGCCACCAAAGACAAGAGAGUAGUGUAGCUCCACCUAGUGAGAUGUAUAAUAGUUUAGGUGAUGGUGAUGAUGCCUGGGAUAUAGGUGAUGCUGAUGACAAUACAAAACGUUUUUAUGGCCUUAUACCACGUGAGAGACCUAAACUAUUAACAGUAAGAGAUGUAAAACGUCAAUCAGAACAGAGACGUGAACGUGACAAGACAAGACGUGGACCAGAUGAUUUAACUGAUGAUGAAUCCAGAUGGAGUUUAGCAGAGGGAAAUGAGCCUAUAGACAUUAGUCACGUACGAUAUCCUUCUGACAGCACAGGUAGCAUGUUGUCUGGUUAUCAUCCCGACUCUGUCAGUGGUAUGUCUCAACCGUUAUAUGAAAAUCUACCAAGAGCCAAGUCUGUACCAAAUAUAUCUGGAGAUAGGUCGUCCUCUAUUGGACUGUUCACACCAAAACCAUUUACACCCUACCAAAGCAAAACUUCAAGUUCUCAGAGUUCUGAUUCCCCAAAACCGAUGCAAGAAGUGGAGAUACCGAGUUUUAUGCAGAAGAAAGUUUCGACACUUUCUUCCAGUAAACCUUUCUACAGUGAAAUGGACAUACCUACUUAUAAAAAAGAAAAUGGACUCUUUUAUAGUGACAAUAUGGUGGAAACGCAAACUGAAAUUCCUACAAGUAAAGCGUUGCCAUGGUUAAAAUCAGGAAGUCAGUUAAUGGGUAAUGUGUUGAAUGUAAGUAAAUCGCCUCGUGGGCGUUAUGUGACUAUAUCAAGUAGUGAACCAGCUAAAAGAGAAAUAGUGCCCUUCGCGUCUGACACUCUACAUUCGGCGUCUGCUGGGGAUAUUAUGACUAAUAAAUCAAUCGAUGAUGUGCCAGAUGUUGUAAAGAGUUCUACAUCACAAGUCAGUAAAAUAGAUGAAUAUUCUAUAGAUGAUAUACUAAAGGGACCUCAAAAGGUACUGAUACCUGAACGUUAUAUGCCUGAAUCAGAUGAAGAGUAUGUUAGUGAUGAUGAAUUCAUCCGACGGAAAGAAAAGAGUGAAAAAAUAAAAAAAAUACUGACUCAACAAAGUGUACAUUCUUUAUCUCAACCGGAUAUUAGUAGGUUACAUCAAAGUGUACAUGAGACAGCUAGACAAGAGAAAGCUAAGAGAAGUGAAUUAUUAGGCGUGGGACAAGAAUUAGCUAGACAAGUUACACUUAAAUCAAAGAAAGCAGCUGCUGCCAGAAGGAAGACCUGGUCUGGUCAACAGUUUUCUGACGCAAUGUCACAAAUAGAGACGUCAACAACAACUGAACAUAGAUCUAUAAUUACACAUAAACAAUCAUCACAACAAUAUCGAGAAAAUAUAUUUGUCUAAAAUACUGCUCUAAAUUAUUCAUAACAUAAUACUUUAAAACAUAUCAUUGCAGUCCAUAGAAUUUUAUUACAGAGUUAUUUGUAAGUAUAUACAUUGUAUAUAUAUAAGAUACUCGACUAACCUUUCGUAUCUUCAUUGAUACAGGUUACAAAAUGUUGUGGAUCAAAUUUUAAAGUUGGUCAUUUAAGGGAAAAAGAAUUUGACCUAUAUGAAUACCAUCUUUUAAUUAUUAUUUCAACUGAAUCAGGGUACAACAGUCAAUAUCAUACUGAUAUUGUGUUAAUAAAGUGUAAAACAUUGAAAUUCAUAAAACCUGUAGUUCUUUAACAUAAAUGUUUCAAAUUCAUAAAACCUGUAGUUCUUUAACAUAAAUGUUUUCAAUUUCAUAAAAUCUGUAGUUCUUUAAUAUAAAUAUUUCCAAUUUCAUGAAAUCUUUAUUUCUUUAAUUAAUUAAUUAACAUUUUUUAUCAAUUUCAUCAAAUCAGUAGUUAAUCAGUAGUUCUUUAACAUAAAUGUUUCAAUUUCAUCAAAUCAGUACUUUUAUCUACAUAUACAAUCACCUUACCCAAUAAAAUAUUGUCAUCAUUGCAUAUCAAUAAUUGUUUUAUGUGAUAUCUUAAAGCAUAAUCCCUUUAUGGCAAUAGAUUGCAAUAAAAUGUAAUUAAAGUGAUUGAAUAUAAAAACAUAAUUGUGUCAAAUAAAAAACAAACAUAACAAGAGGCUAAUUUAGAUAAUGGUAAAGAAUUGAAUAUUGCUAGUAAACUGAAUAGGAUAAAUCAUGGUACUUCUAAAUGGUAGAAAAUGAAUGCCUGUCAUAAUUAACAAUUGUAUUCAUAAUCAUUAAGUUUUUGUAAAUAUUGUAUAAAUUGUAUAUAAAAUUGUAUUAUAAACAAAAUUCGGUUUUUAUAAACUCCACUCCUCCUUAUCUCUUCCCCAUAUUUUGGUUAUUAUAAGGCACAAAGUAUUGAUGUAAAUUAUAUUUUCUUAGAUGACAAUUAUUGAUUUGGUGUGUUUACUGGUUUCAUACAUUGAACAAAUAUUAUCAUACUAUAUAGACUUAAGCUGAGAAACAGAAACAUCAGACAUUUCAUCAGACAAAUAUUAUCGAAAUAAUGCAUGUUACUGUCCCAUUUGAAACUUAAGUCUAUGUUCUAAUACUCUAACUAACAAAUUAUUUUUUGAUGGGGGAACUGAAUUAAUAAAUGUACAUUGUUUAUCAUGUUUGUAAAUUAAUCAUGUUUUUAUUAGAAAUAAUAAUGGUGCAGAAAUCAUAUUGUUAUUAAUAUAUUAUAAAAAGUUUGUUAAAUAAUAAAAACAUAUCUAAUAUACGUGCUUCUAUGUAUGUAGCUAGGACAUUCCCUUUUGUUAGUACUUUUUUUGAAAUAGCUCACAUGAUAUAUUUUUUCUAUUAUGCACUUUGUAUAUUUAUGAUUAUAAAAUCAAUCAAUAUUUUUGUCAGUUACAUGUGUAUGUAUCUACAUAUCAAUAAUUAAUUUGAAAUCUUUUUUGUUUCGUAAAGGUGUGUGUAGUUCAAAAUUCCAAAAGAAAGCAUAUUUGGAAAUAAAGUUGAAAAUUGAUUUCAUCCAAACUUAAAAGCCUGUGACUAGAUGAAAGUUGGUCAGAUUUUGUUUUAUUAAAAUAAAGAGAGAAAAAAUGUAUGUCCAACUAGAGUGUAAAAUCAUUUAUGCUAAUGUUUUUUACUUCUACUUACGUUUAAUUCGUUUUGGUUUUUUUUUAUUUUAAGUACCUCAAAAACCAAUUGAAAUUUAAUGAAAUAAAUUUGAGGAAUUUAUCCUAAUUUUUGUUUUUCUGGAAUAUGUGAACUAGAUAAUGAGUUGAAUAUUACUUAAUUUAAAAGAAUAUCAUUUUCGAAUAAGCAAUCAUAUACUGUUCAUACCUAUAUACAAGUACUAUCUGUAUAUAUGCAGACAGGCACAACAGCUUCAGACAUUGCUAUUUAUUUCAUCGUUGUAAAUACCUGUAUGCCUACCUACAUAUUCCCGGUUUUUAACAAUUUAUUUUUGACCUUUAAUGUUAUGCUCAAUUUUCUCUAGAAAUGAUAGAACUUUUCUAUGGUUGUGAUUUUUGUGAUAUAAAUAUUCUGUAUUUAUAUAUAUUUUAGGAAGAAUUUGAUCUAUGUUUCAUUACUUAUUUCUCCGUCUACUCCCAGACCUCACCAAAAGAAAAUCCCCAGACCAGAUGUUUUGCUACAAUGAACAAAUUUGAUAUUAUAUUUAUAUUUUGAUUAUUAAUAUACAUGCUUUAUUUAUAUUCAAUAGCUUUUGUAUGUCCAUAUUUUGAUGUGUUUGUAUAUUGUGGUCAGCCUUGUCGGUCUGUCCAUCUGUCUGUUGUUCACAUUUCUUGUUGGCACAAUAGAUGCUGCAAUAGUCCAAUAUAUCUUUUUGAAAUUGGGCUGUCUAUCGCAUUGGAAUGUAGAAGACUAUGGUUUUUCAACAAUUCAUUUGAUAAUCACUUCCAAAGUUAUGCCCCUUUGUUCUGAAAUCUUGUUAUUUAUUUUUGAUGACUUUUCUGUUGUAAAAACGAAGCCUAUUAAUUUUCAACGAUAUUUGAUAAUAACUUUGAGUUAUUCCCCUUUGUAAUUGAAUAUUUAUUUGUUCCUUGGAGGUUUCAAUUAUCUUAUUUUUCUGAAAUUUGUAUGAGUUAUUUAGCUCAUAACUGCUUGGAGACUUACUUGUUAGAGGGGGUGUAUUUUUCACUUAUAACCAAUAAGACUAUGCACUUUAUUGAUACACUUGAAUGAUAUGUAUUUGCCUAUUUGAACAGCCAGGAAUUCCUCUGGGAUUUAAUUAAUUUUAUCUGUGUUUCAAGCACACCCUGGAAUAACAUUAGAUCUACUUUGACUGUUGAGCUAGAUUAUAAGUAACCAAAUUUAAACAUGGUGUAUUUAAUCAAUCAAUAGAUUUUCUAAUAAUUAAUAUAUGCAAAUACCGGUAGUCUAUCUAACUGCUUACAUUGGUUUUGCUUUGUAAAUUAAUUAUAGGCAUGGAUUUGAGAGGUAGAUUGUAAUUUCUUGACAGUACAAGUUGUAUUUUCCAAAUUUACUCAUGAUAGGUUUUAAACUUUCAACAGAUUAAUGUAUGAUCAUCUAUUUUAGAAUCAUUUUGUUCUACUUUUAGUUGUAUGAGAGAUUACACAGAAUUUAUUAAAGGUUACACAGAAUUUAGGGUCUCAGAGCAAACAAACACAAAAUAUACAUCAGCAUAAUUUAUGUUACGUAUAAUUAGAAUAUAAAGAGAUCAUGUUUAUUAUCAUUGUACAUUAAAACAUUUUAUACUUAUAUAUUAUACUGGCAUAUAUACUCAAUAUAUAUUAUUUUAAAAUAGAGAGAUUUUUAACCGA